GUCUCCCUGGGAGUGUGUCUGAGGCUAAGGGACCCGGCGCAGCCUGGCAGCAGGAGCGUGAGCCUGGCCAAGCCGCCCGCAGGGGGGAGAGAGAGAGGAGGGGCCAGGUGGGGGCGGGAGCCAGCCCCGCCGCCGGGGGUGGGGGACGGGACCGGGCAGCCCCAUGCGCAGCCCCUGAGGCCGGAGCGGGUGGUGAGCUCGGGCAGGACGCAGGAGCCCGCCCGCCUCCCGCCCCGGCUCCUCCCCGGCCCCGCGCCCAGCGGGCGGCGCAGCAGCGGAGCAGGCGGCGGAGCAGGAGGCACCCGGGAGAGCCAUGGACUGGCUUAUGGGGAAAUCCAAGGGAAAACCAAAUGGUAAAAAGCCAGUACCAGAAGAGAAGAAACUCUACCUAGAGCCAGAAUACACAAAGUUGAGAAUUACUGACUUUGAAUUCAAGGAGCUAGUGAUGUUACCGCGAGAAAUAGACCUCAAUGAGUGGCUAGCCAGCAAUACAACGACCUUCUUCCACCAUAUCAAUUUACAGUAUAGUACAAUCUCAGAAUUUUGCACAGGAGAGUCGUGUCAGACCAUGGCAGUGUGCAAUACACAGUACUACUGGUAUGAUGAGCGGGGAAAGAAGAUAAAGUGCACGGCCCCUCAGUACGUUGAUUUUGUCAUGAGUUCAGUGCAGAAGCUUGUGACGGACGAGGAUGUCUUUCCUACAAAAUAUGGCAAAGAAUUCCCCAACUCCUUUGAGUCCUUAGUGAAGAAGAUUUGCAAAUAUCUGUUCCAUGUGCUGGCCCACAUCUACUCCUCCCACUUUAAGGAGACUUUGGCACUGGAGCUGCAUGGACACUUAAAUACACUCUACACACACUUCAUCCUAUUCAUCAGGGAGUUCAACCUGGUGGACCCUAAAGAAACCACCAUCAUGGAUGACCUCACGGAGAUCCUCUGCAGCAGCGGCAGCGGGAGCAGUAGUAAUGGGAGCGGCAACAGCAGCGCAGGAGCACAGAACCACGUGAAGGAGAGAUGAGCCUUCCUAUGGCGCGAAACUAACAUUAACAUAAAAACAAUAUUAUAUAUUCUAUAUAUGUGUGUGUAUGUAUAUGUGCAUAUAUAUAUAUACAGACAUACACAGCGAUGAAAGUUUAAGCAAUUAUGCUGCCACCACAGGACGUGUAGUCGUAUGGGACUGUACGGAGCUUUUGUUAAUGCACCAUCUGGUGAGAAGUUGCACCAAUCUUCUUUUAUUGUUUUCCUCCUGUUCCUUCUUUCUUUUCCCCCUGUCAGAUGGCUGACGAAUGCUGUUUUUAGAGAAGAACCAGGUUUUUGAGUUGGGCUGCUGUUUCUCUUUUUUUGGUCCUUUUUCUUCAGUCUUGAGUGCAAGCCCUUCUGUCUUUCUAGGAUGGUGGUACUGCCAUUUUAAAAAUAUAUAUUAUGUUAUAAGAAGUGACUUUUACUUUGAAGUGGCUUAAAUGCAGAUUUUGUUUUGGGGUUUGGUUUUUACAUAGACUCCCCCUCCCAAUUUUACAUAGAGUCCCCAGUCAAUUGCAUCUUGCCCUUUGCUGGCUUAUAAUGGGAAGAAGAGAUGCCUGGCUUGACUGCAGGGGCUUGCUACAAAUGUAAUGGGUGUGAUUCUUCAUCUGUCUAUGAACCUGCAAGAGGAUCCACAAGCCUUUCUGCUUGUUGCUCCAACAAAAUACAUAUACUUGUUUCUCUGCCCCUCCCGUCCCAGGCACACAUCCAGGAAUAAUAGUAGUGAGAUCAUUGGGGACUGUAAGAGCCACCACCAUUUACUUCCCAUAGAAAAGGGGGCCAGGGGGAGAAGGGUGCACUGAGUCAGUCACCGGCUGUGAUAGAGAGAUGGCUGUUGGCAUAAAAUUAUAUUGUUGGCUUAUUUUUAGUUCAUCUGUUCAAUAAUAAUAAAAAAAAAUUUCUAUCAGG